AUGGGUCACGACAGAUAAUGGAAUUAAAAUAAAGAGAAAUAUGUUUACUCUAAAGAAGAAAUUUAAUCAUAUAGAGUUCCUCUUAGGAUAAAAUAAAGUCCAUGUGUGGAUACUUAUAUUCCCCUUAUUUAAUGUUUGUAAGAAAAUGAUUAUAGUUUAGCUAAGAGAUUUUUUGAUAGAAGGUUAUAAAAUAGAUAAAUUAAAUAUUUAAAUAUUUUUAAUAGACGAGGAAAUUGCUACAAAGAAAAUGAAAUAUAUUAAAACUGCACAUAACAUUGGGCUUCAUAUGAAAUAAAUGGACAUGUCUAAAACUCAUUUUGGAAUGCUAGUGAUAAAGCAACAGAUUAAGGCUUAUCAUAAACAUUUGCUGGUUAAUUUUAUAAAGGAAUAAUAUUUAGAAAUUGA